GGUGGAGUGCAAGGCUAGCGCGCCAGCAGGGCCGGAGCCGGCCUGGGAACCCGCGGAACCGAGCGCAACGAGCGGAGUGCCUGGGCGGCGGCGGCGGCGCACGCUAUGGCUCCGGCCGGAGACCGCGAGGGCUACUGGGGCCCCACGACCUCCACGCUGGACUGGUGCGAGGAGAACUACGCGGUGACCUGGUACAUCGCCGAGUUCUGGAAUACAGUGAGUAACCUGAUUAUGAUUAUACCUCCAAUUUUUGGUGCAAUUCAGAGUGUUAGAGGUGGACUGGAAAAGCGGUACAUUGCUUCCUAUUUAGCACUUACAGUGGUAGGAAUGGGAUCCUGGUGCUUCCACAUGACUCUGAAAUAUGAAAUGCAGCUAUUGGAUGAACUCCCAAUGAUUUACAGCUGUUGUAUAUUUGUAUACUGCAUGUUUGAAUGUUUCAAGACAAAGAACUCUGUGAACUACCAUCUGCUUUUUACUUUAGUUCUGUUCAGUUUAAUAGUAACCACAGUUUACCUUAAGGUAAAGGAGCCUGUAUUCCAUCAGGUCAUGUAUGGAAUGUUGGUCUUCACAUUAGUAGUUCGAUCUAUUUAUAUUGUUACAUGGGUUUAUCCAUGGCUUAGAGGACUGGGUUAUACAUCCUUGGGUGUAUUUUUAUUGGGAUUUUUAUUAUGGAACAUAGAUAACAUCUUUUGUGAUUCACUGAGGAACUUUCGAAAGAAGGUGCCACCUAUCAUAGCUGUUACCACACAGUUUCAUGCAUGGUGGCAUAUUUUAACUGGCCUUGGUUCUUAUCUUCACAUCCUUUUCAGUUUAUAUACAAGAACACUUUACCUGAGAUACAGGCCAAAGGUGAAGUUUCUCUUCGGAAUCUGGCCAGUGAUCCUGUUUGAGCCUCUCAGGAAGCAAUGAUGAAUUAUUUCACCAAUAAAACAAAAUAACACGUACCAUAGGCCUGGUCAAAUGAGUAAGGAAAUCUUUAGAGAUCUACACGUUCAAAUAUAUCAUGACCAUCGCAGCAAAGGAGUGACUUUCUGACUAAUGCUGCCAGCCACACAGAGAAUGAGGAAUGGGGCUUGUUGGAUGUUUAGCUUGUGUCUUUAUCUCAUUUGUCUUCCUCCUCCUCACCGUCAUUCUAAGAUGUUUCAAAAGAAACAGACAUGAUGUGUAUGUAUAUACUCGAAUGCUGGAAAUAUUGGGCUUUUCUUAACAGGUUAACAGUUUGUGCUGAUCAUAGGAAAUUAACCUUUUUAUCUUUUUUGACAAGGCUUGCAUGUGAAUUAAACUUUUCUUAAUAUUUGAUUAAAUAAUGAAAACAGUCAGCUAAUGACUGGCAAAACCCCAUAUCCAGAUGGCCAGCUACAAGGCAGCACUUAGCUAUUUCAGCCUUGAUUUAUAUUUUUGUCAUAGUAACCUCAUGGAUGGUUUCCCAAGGUAAAAAAAAAAAAAAAGAAAGAAAGAAAGAAAGAAAAAAGAAAAGAGCUACCUGUGGGAUUCUGGUAGUUCUUCAUGGUCUGCCUCUGUGCUGGUCCGAGUGUUAUAAGCAAGCUCAGACCUGCCACUGGGUUCUAUACUUGUCACAUUCCAGAUUUGCGGUGGGCUCUGGGAUGUCAUUUGUGGUCACAGCCCGGCAGGGUGGGUGGGUCAUCUUGUAACCUUUAUGAAGGCCACCAGGACACCUGUAGAAUGUUCCACCUCCACCCAGUUAAAGGUGGUUGCUCCCUUUCCUUUGAUCUUUGCAGUUCUUUAAGUUGUCACUGUUUUUAUGGCUAGGUAAACAUGAUUGGUGGGCAAACAUAUUUCAUCCUUUUAGAAUAACUCAUUUGAAGUUACCAGUAAAUGUCGUUAUACUCUGACUUUUAAAAUUAUGCAAUAUUUUCCAGUUUUCAGAGAGGCCAUGGUUAUGCCCAGGGAAAUGUGUUGGGUGAACUAGAGCUAAAACGAUCAGGAUCUUAUGUACAUAAAGCUUAUUAGAAUACCUGCUCCUUCAUUUUGUUGAAGGAAAGAGAUAUAAGGGUUGAAGACAGCUCUAACUUACUUGAACUUGUAACAGAACUACCAAAAAUUAAAGUGCUAAGACAUGGCAGUGAAAUCUCAUUGUAAGGCAGCUAGUUCUAAUUUGGAUUUGAAUGUAUAACAAAUUGAAUCACUCUUCACAAACAUAACACCUGCCUGGAAUAAAAACCUGAUUUGACCCCUUUGCUCAUAUAUCACCAUAUUUGUAGCUCUGUACCAUUUAGCAUUUUUACAGCUUUUCCCUGCUUAUACAUUAUUAUAAAAUCCAGAUUGUUUUUACUACAUGGUGUCAUUACCCCAGAUUAAAUUCUGAGCUACGGCUUCCAAAGGAAAGUCACUUUUUUCUUAAGCAAAGGUAUAAGACACUUUUGUUGUUUUUCUAGUAUUCAGUAAGAAGCCUUGGUACAAAUUUAAAACGAAUACAGAUUUUGUUGUUUUUCUUCACUUGCUGGCCUUAGUUUUAGUCCAAGUACUAUUUUCCUUACUUUAGCAUGCCAACAUGCCAUUAGGCAGAUACUUCCCACCUGCUUUUAUGAUUCUCCAGCAAGAAAAACACUUGCCAAAAUAUAAAUCUAAAAGAACUUUGGUUGUGCCUUAGGAAAGUAUAAACUAAACAGUUCCAACACAAGCCUGUAAGACUGUUCUUUAUUUUGCCACAAGAUUCUGGCUUCUGGCUACAUUCGAGUGCAACUACCUAGGCUGUCAGUCAUCUAACAAUUUUUAAUGAGUUCAUUUGUUUCACACUAUUGUCGUUUUUGUACUUUUCACUAAGAAAUACUUCUGUAUAAAGAAUCUGUAUAAAAACAAAGUACAUCCUUCCUAACAAUGCUAAACGCUGUGAGGCUAAGGUUCUGCAGUAUUAAGGUCAGAUUAAGGGUACAGAGAGCAUGCCCUGACACUGAGGCCCUUUAGAGCAGUUUGUUGAAUGAGCAGUUCAGCCACUGCCACCUGUAGUUUCUUAUUGAAUAAAGCUGUCCAGCACCUUAGAGACUUGUAACACUGUGGCCAAGUCUUCAAAGACCCUUGUUUCUGUUGUAAAAACAAACGGCAUGAAACUGCUCAGCAAAGAAGUUUUAGAAGGGUUGAGGAGAAAGCAAAGACUAAAUCCAGGCUCUUUAAUUUUGCAAGUUAGUUUUUGUCUCACACGUGGCUCCCUUUUUAGCAACCUAAGUAUUAGCACACUCAAGACUUUGUAUCUGUGCCAUGUCAAGUAUUGUGGAAAUACUGGUGACCUUUAGGAUAUUGCUAAAUUGUCUUUAUAUGGCUUAAUUUUUUCCCUUCUGGGUUGUAUUAUUACAGGGUUGGGUCAUUACCGUUCCCCCCCCCACUUUAUUUUCUUGAGAGAGUCGCUGUUAACUAGAGUGUACAAAAACACCUGUUUCCUUUUGAGCAGAUAGUGGUUUGUGUGCAUAUCAACUGAUGUGAAAGGUGCUCGUCUCUGAGCCCUAUAGCAAAUUAUAUUCUAGGAAACAUUAGUACUUUAUGAGGAUGUGAAAGAAGCAGUUAGCUUGCACAUUUUAUUAUACUAUCUAUGCUGCCAUUUUCACUCCAAAAGAUUGAAAGCAGUUUGACUCUUUUUGAGGAAAAACUAGAUGAAAGGUGGUUGUGUUCAUCUGAUUGGUCACUCUACCUGCCUCCCCCUUCACACCUUGGUGUUUUCAUGAAACAUUGCCACUCCUGAAGUGAUCUCUUUUAUCCUUGUGAUAUUAUAUAAAUUAAUGAUGAACAGGAGAAACAUUUGUUUUUGAAUAAUCCACAAAUGAGACCCCCAAAUAGUGAUAUUUGGUUUAGAAUUAGAUCAAAUAUUAUGGUUUAACCUCAGUGCAAAAUUUCCAGGACUAGGGCCUCCCUGGUGGCGCAAGUGGUUGAGAGUCCGCCUGCCGAUGCAGGGGAUACGGGUUCGUGCCCCGGUCUGGGAGGAUCCCAUAUGCCGCGGAGCGGCUGGGCCCGUGAGCCAUGGCCGCUGAGCCUGCGCGUCCGGAGCCUGCGCGUCCGGAGCCUGUGCUCCGCAGCGGGGGAGGCCACAACAGUGAGAGGCCCGCAUACCGCAAAAAAAAAAAAAAAAAAAAAAAAAUUUCCAGGACUGGGCUUUCCUUACACCAAGAGGGUUUUUCAUAUACCAAGGAGAGGAAGAGGUGUGAGUCAAAGAAAAUCAAGAGACCAAAAACUUCAGGUACACGAUGCAUGAAAAUCUUUAAAUGCCUGAAAAAAAAAUAAGUUCUGUUUUAAUGCCAACACCCUCAGAAUUUAGCCAAUGUCCCUAGAGGUGACUAAUAAUUUAGUUCAAGGGCUUCUUAUGAGUCCUAUGGGUUGCAUAUUACUUUGCUCUUGAAAAAAAUCAUCUGUUGCUAAGUUUAACAGUUUUAGCUCUCAAUUCCACAUUUACAUGACAGAAAAAAUUAUUCUAGCCCUGUGGUUUAUGAUGUGCUAUUGGAUAGGUGUUUAUGUAAAACUGAUGUUUCAAAGAGAACCAGUUCUAAUUGGAAUUUGCAACUAAGUGGCAAUUUGCAGAUCUACCUCUGUCUUACAUUGUGCAUCAUAUCAAUACCAUAAUAUAAUUAGUUUGAUCACUUUGUCUUAUUUUUCAGUGUCUAAAAUUACGCUUACUCACCAUGCUGUAAACAUUUGGAAGUAAUGACUGAAAUUUGGCUAAGUGUCUGUUGUGCAGGGGGCAGUAAGUGGAAAAAAAGGAACCGUCAGGACCCAUCUGAAUGGAAAACUUCAGUGCUGUUUUUUAAACUCCUGCACUUCCUUUAAGAAUAAGGAAACUUUUAUGUCUAAUUGGAGUUGCUGGCUGGUGUAAAGCUGCCAGUGUUUCUGAGGUUUAUGGGAGCGUGCCACUGUACUUAACGGUUUCUCCAGUUGGGGGGGAAGCCUCUCCUCUACGCUCUUAGAUUCAGUUGUUGAGUCCUGUGAAAUAAACUGACAAAGGACAGAUUAGCAAGAGAAAGGGCAGAUUUUUAUUUACAUAUGUAAAUGGCAGUUCAGAGAAAAAUGUGACUUGAGGCAGAAUUUGCAGCUUAUAUACCAUCUUAAUAAGAGAAGGGGACAGCGAGAAAGGGCACUUAGGGGAAAACAAAUGACUUUUAGGAAAGAUAAAUGGGCCCUUAGGAGAAUAAGUAGGAGAUACGAUAGUUCUAUGACAGCGUCUUUUUAGAUGUGGCACUGAAACUCCCAGGAGAGGAUUUGACAGUUGAGUCCUUUAGGGAGGUUCUGCUUUUAGUCAGAUAAAGGGAAUUCAGGAAAAAAGCCUCUUCCUGCAUCUGUUGAUUCUCGAAUGCAUUCAGCUCAAAAUGUUUUUUAUGCCACAGUAGUGUAUUCUGGACCCUUUUAUUUCCCCUAAAACUUUGCAAGAAGUUUCACAGACCAGAAGCCAAGUUGGUGGCUGUAGAGAGAAGAUUCAGGUUAGAAGUUAGGAGAUAAGAGAUCUGCAAAGGGAAGGAAGGCAUACAUUUAUGGAGAAACAAAAGGAAAAGCAAAAAUUAAUAGUUGGAGCAGAUUAUAUAAACUCAGUUUUUGAGUACAGAGGGCAGUCAAUCAAAAGGAUUUCUAGAUGUUGGUCUUAAGCCAUCUUUAAACAGUGGAGUCAGGUUAGUAGUGGCAGUCUCACACACAUGGUUAUUUCCCAGAGCUCAAAGGACCAUGUUCUGGUGAACUUCCUGAGUGGCCCAAACUGUAGUGGUGGUAAAUCCCUUAAAGUUACACCCAGCUUCAGCUUGCAGGGCUUCAGGAAAAGGGCAGUUUUAGUUCUUAGUAAUGCCAAGUCAGAAGGGUGGUAGAAAAUUGGAAAUGUUAAUUAGUGACAAAAUGCGCAAGAUGGCAGGAUCCGACUUGCAAAGAGGUGAAAAUAGCUCAAGGAGAAUGAACGGGACUAGAAUCUGAUAAUCCGCGUGGGUAUAUUAUAGUUUUCCAUUGAAACAUAAAAUUUGUCUUUAUAAUCACCCUAGUUUUGUCAAAGAUAAUCAAGGUAAGACGGUUGUUUGCAAAACGAGUCUAGUCUCAUCAAACUUGGCCUGAUUGUUUAUAUAAGUGCAAUGAGAAUAGUAAUUGAUGACAUAGGCCUUUUGAACUUUUAUUAGGAAUCCCAGAUUAGACUUUUAAAUUCCUCGAGUCUAGGAAUCCAAGCUGAGAACUUGCCAUCAGACUUCCCUUGCAUGCCUUCAGAUUUGGAUGAAUCCCUCCUUCUCCAGGUCCCCAAAAUAUUUUAAGCUUUCUGGUCCUGCCAGGAAGUGGCCUUCCUAACUCACCCGUAAGGCUGGGACCCCUGUAACCCAGGCACUAGGCAGCUUUCCAGGAGGACUUUGUAAGCACUGGCUCCUUAAAGUCAGCCUUAUUAAUUCCUUAAAACUGGUCAUAUCUAUGCACAUCAUCCUCAAAUAUGACAUUCCAGUCAAAGCCUUGGUAAUAUCAUCAGUGUUUCCAUUUGUGUCCUGUUACAGGGAGAACAAAUUCUUAUUGAACUUGUUCAAAUAACUAUAUUGCCAUGGAAAUAAGUAUUCAAUAAGAGUUUUUCCAAAUUUUGGAGGGUUCAGACAAGGAGAAAAGAUAAAUCCUUCAUUUUUGUUUACAAAGAUAUGAUCUACUAAAUUGCUGUAAGUGCUAGAUAGCUUAAGAGAAAAGGCAUUCUUUAAAUCCAGAAAAUAGAACAUUAAAGAACCAGCAAUAAGGGACUUCCCUGGUGGCGCAGUGGUUAAGACUCCAUGCUCCCAGUGCAGGGGGGCCCGGGUUCCGUCCCUGGCCAGGGAACUAGCCAGGACUAAGGAGCCUCAACUAAGGAGGCUGCCUGCUGCAACUAAGGAACCCGCCUGCCGCAACUAGGACCCGGCACAACCAAAUAAAUAUUUUUUUUUAAAAAUGAAGAACCAGCAAUAUUCCAAGCAAAAGUCAUAGAAGGAAUCAUAAUCAUUCUUCAUCACUCUACUCGGUCCCAUGUGAUAAAUUCAGGUCUUUCUUGAUUUCGGUUAGCAAUUUCAUGAACCCAUGAGCUUCUCCAUUAGUUCUGGAAAUCCUUAUUAAGUCCAGUGGUGUGAUCUUAAAGUUAUGUAAGCCUGUACCUCAGGGUACCUGUUACAGUCUUUUCCAUGGAUCUCUGAGAAGAUCUUGAAAAUGAAGCCUGUAGCUGAUUACAAGAGUUUUCAGGAAGGCAUCAGAGUAAAACAAUAUCUGUGAAUGAUGAAAAGCUUAAAAUGGCUAUGGUUAAAGGCCUGAUGAGUUCAUUAAAAUGUAGUUGAAAAGGAAAUUUGGUUGACUCUGUGACAUUCAGCAUUUCAAGAUAAAUGGAGUUAUGACAUUAUACCAGGACAUAUCAUGGACAGCUAUGACAUAAACUUCUAGAACUUUCAUACAGUUUCUGAAAUACUUAUAUUAAUAACACAUACCCAUGGAACUAUAAUCUAGGGAAGGUUAAGCAUCACUUAUUUGACAAUGCUUGCCAUGCAAUUUAACAUACCAAAUAAACCUAAUUAGUUUAACACCUCUCUUUUUAUGAAGUGAGAGAACAAAUCCUUUGAGGUUUUCCAGGGGCCCUCUGGGAAAUCUCAAAGUCAGAGGUCAAGAAGACUUCAUUUAGAAUGUGAUUUGGAGAAGUUGUUAAAAGGUUUGAACGCUUAAUUAAAUAAUAUUAUAGGUCACUGUGAAAAAAUACUCACCUAUGUGACCAAAGUGACAGUAAUUGCUUUGUCUCAUUAAAUACAGACCAAUAAUCCAAGAAACUCCAUCCUUUUAACAGGGAAUUUCAACCUCUAGUUUUGCAUUUGUACACUAUUGAGCUCUUCGUGUGUGUGUGUGUGUGUGUGUGUGUGUGUGAUGAAGGCAAAUACAGCAUUUAUUGCGGGCACCAAGCAAGGAGAUCAGGCAGUUCAUUGAGCUCAUUUUUUUAAAUUAUAAAUAAAUGCAUUCAGUCUUAGCCAGCUUGACCACAUGAAUAAGGUAUUCUCCCCACCCCCAUUCCCUUCUCUACCUCUCCUCCUCCCCCCACCGUCUGCAGACCCUUUACAACUUUCUAUACCCAUUCAGGUUUUUGUCUUUGCUUUCCUCUUUCUCAUUCUGGAAAACCAUUUGACAACCUCUAAGCAACUACUUUAGGACAAAAUUACUCUCCUUUUUUCCUUAACAAAAACACAUCCUUCAUUUC